UAGGAAAAAAAAAAAAGAGCCAGAUUGUGGGGCGGAGCAAAGACCCAGAUGGUGAACGGUCUGUAGUGUAGCGUAGCGACGACGCCCCGACUCCCGGAUCCCCUCGAUUCCUACGCCGUCGCCGCUCUCUCCACCCGGCUCGCCGCCGCCUCGGGGGCUCGCCUCUCGCCCUCUCCUCCCCGACACGCCUACGCCGUCGCCUAGAUCUAGAGGAGGACCAUCUGCCCGGAGCACUUCGCCACCUCCGAGCUCCGAGCCUACCUCCACCUCCCGGUCCUCCCCGCCAGCUCCGCGAGGCUGCAGCCCAACUUUACCAUGUCUGGGAUGCCAUCUGAUGAUGAACCUGGCCAAGUGAGGCUUGAAGGAGAUGUUUCGGAUGAAAAGGUAGAAGAAACUAAGGACACAAAAGAAGUGACUGGGAUGCCCUCACAACAAGAGGAGGAGGCAGCAAUUAAGAAAAAAUAUGGAGGAAUAUUGCCCAGAAAGACACCACUUAUAUCAAAGGACCAUGAACGUGCUUACUUUGAUUCUGCUGACUGGGCUUUAGGAAAGCAAGGUGGAAUGCCCAAGCCUAAAGGUCCCCUUGAAGCACUUCGACCAAAGCUUCAGCCAACUCAACAGAAUGCACGCGCCCGUCGAACUCCUUAUGCAUCUGCAGACAAUGAUGAGAGUUUGAACUUGUCUGCAGACGAUUUGAGCCAGCAAGGCGAAUCCAUUGAGGAUAAGAACAAGGAAUAAAUACGUCAUGCAGCUUUGUGCUUUUUACACAACAAAAUGUCGUUUGAUGUCCUCAUGCUAAAACUUUUUCCUUGAUAAUAAGUUGCACGGAUGCCUUUAAUACUAGUGAGGUUGAAAUGUGUAGUUUGAACUGCAUGUGAGAUGUGGUAUAACUUGUAUCUACUACAUUCAGCUGUUGAGAUGUGCAGUUUAAAUUGCAUGUUGAGAUGUGGUAUAUCUUGUAUCUACUACAUUCAGCUGUUGA